AUGAGAUGUCAUCCACCUCACCAGACUACACCUCUUAAAACCAAACUGAGGGAUGAUUCGUAUUCAAGUGCCCCUCUCAGACCCUUCUAAUAGAACCUGUUGGAACAUAAUGCACUCCUUGUGCACACAGGGUUACACAGCGGGAAAAACAUCAGACGAGUUCAAACCAGUUUCCAGGGAACAAUAGCUCCAGAAUGACAAAUCAUGCUGAGGAAAUCGUAAGUGGAAUAUCGAGAGGUGAGCUGUACCAGGAUGGGAGUAGUCACUUACAGCGAAAGUGUGAAUAGUACAUACUACUCUCCCCUGGAUCCCUGGUUGAAGGCCUGUGAAGAGGUACCUGGAAUGUCUGAGCACCACAUAGCAGACCGAGAUGAACAGGUGUGUGACGUGGCCUGCCCUCCCCAGCUCAAUGCACAGACGCUAAGAUAGAGCCACACUCUCAGGUGUGUGACGAGGCCUGCCCUCCCCAGCUCAAUGCACAGACGCUAACAUAGAGCCCCACUCUCAGGUGUGUGACGUGGCCUGCCCUCCCCAGCUCAAUGCACAGACGCUAAGAUAGAGCCCCACUCUCAGGUGUGUGACGUGGCCUGCCCUCCCCAGCUCAAUGCACAGACGCUAACAUAGAGCCCCACUCUCAGGUGUGUGACGUGGCCUGCCCUCCCCAGCUCAAUGCACAGACGCUAAGAUAGAGCCCCACUCUCAGGUGUGUGACGUGGCCUGCCCUCCCCAGCUCAAUGCACAGACGCUAAGAUAGAGUCACACUCUCCCUGGAUAUUGUCUGCUGAAUAGACAUCACUAGUGUGGAAGACACACUGUGGCUGAGUGUCAGUACACUAAAAAGGCAGUGCCUCUUGAGUAUCAAAAGGAAGAAAUAUGAAUCAGUUUUGUGGUCAGGCCAUAUCAGGUUUUAAUGUUUGUAGAGUGCAAUAUCUUCACUCUUUGGCUCCAGCAGACCACACAAACAAAGGGUCAAUGUUCCCGUCUGGAAUGAUUGAUUGAUUUCCGAAUGGUCAGAGACUCCAGGAAAAUGGCAUCUUGGGUUGAACCAAUACCAAACUCAUCCGGUGUGGAAACCACAAGUGCUAUUACGAUAUCAGUCGCGGUGUCAAUCAACUUCACGGGGACACUGACAAUUCUAUGUGUUUUGAUUAAUGAGUGUGUUGCGUCAAUGGCCAGUGGAAAAAAAGGGAAGUUGACCAGACUCUUGAGCAUGCAGGCCACACCCUUGGAGUUUGGCUAAAACACCCAGGCCAGAUCCAGACCAGCCCGAAUUCAGCCAUGGGAUUCAACAGUCAAAUGAGACUGUAAAAAGACUGAGGUAAAGUAGAACCGACGGAAGCACUGGAAUGGAAUGAUAUCGUCAGCCCACUGAUCUGAGACAACUCUUCCCAUUGAGGUCCAAAGACAGGUCUUUCCACACCCACAAGCGGAUGUUCAGAGCUCCAGGACAGAAGUAUUUCCACAUAUACAAGGCAGUUCCAACGUAAAGGAAGGGGGUCCUCGUUUGUCAUCAUGAACUGGGGUGCACUGGAAUCACUCCUCAGCGGGGUCAAUAAAUAUUCCACCGGCUUCGGACGCAUCUGGCUCUCCGUCGUCUUUGUGUUUCGCGUCAUGGUCUUCGUCGUGGCUGCUGAACGAGUCUGGAGCGACGACCAGAAGGACUUUGAUUGCAACACCCGCCAGCCGGGCUGCGCAAACGCGUGCUACGACCUUUACUUCCCGCUGUCCCACACACGCCUUUGGGCGCUGCAGCUCAUCUUCGUCACCUGCCCCUCCUUCAUGGUUGUCAUGCAUGUGGCUUACCGCGAGGAGCGCGAGCGCAAGUACCGCCUGGUGCAUGGGGAGAAUGCCCGGCUCUACGACAACCCGGGCCAGAAACACGGCGGCCUCUGGUGGACCUACCUGCUCAGCCUCUUCUUCAAGACGUUCAUUGAGGCGGCGUUUCUCUAUUUGUUGCACUACAUCUACAACAACUUUGAGCUGCCGAGGCGCGUCCAGUGUGAACUGUGGCCGUGUCCCAACCAGGUGGAUUGCUACAUCGGUCGGCCCACUGAGAAGACCGUGUUCACGUACUUUAUGGUCGGUGCCUCGGCUGUGUGCAUUGUGCUGAACAUCUGCGAGAUCUUCUACCUGAUAGCCAUGCGGAUGCUGAAAAUCUCCCACCGUGGAAGACGCCGCGGCUCGCCUACCAAGAGGUGCUCCGAGCCGGACUGUGGAGGAUGUCCUGCAACACCAGAGACGAACAAUAAGGACAACUUGGCCUUAAUGGAGAAGAAUGGAUCCAUCUUUUGAGCCAGAGAUUCAACUUUUUUGAAGGGGACAUUUAUUUUCUGGCACAGAUCUUUUAUUUGACUUCUCAUUUGUGUUGGAAGCCAAACCAUUUUUUGAUUAGGUGUUUUAUUAUUGUAACGAUUUGUUUCAAUUGACCUAUGAGAUGUUUGAUACUGUAAUACCUGUGCACUCUGUCCUGUUCACAACUGAGUUGUUAAAAAAAAAUGCCCUUAUGAAAGUGAAGACAUUUAAGAGCUUCAUGGUUUGUAGAUUAGGCCAAAUACACCUUGUUCACUGUGGUUUUCGAAUACUUUAUCAAGUGAUCAGUAAUACUUGUUGUUUUUAUCAAUAUUUCAUUAAUAGACUAUGAUGUCCCAGAUGAAGAUGAAGACUUUGAUC